AUGCUUUUGACAUCGUCGCAAGUCUCGGUUAUAAUUUCGUCAGGAAUUGUUGUCUUAUGCACGGCAGCAUUGUUUGUUAGCGGCUAUGUGAUUCAGCAGCGAACACUGCGCGACCUACGAGCAGCUAUCAAACCCAACCGGAUACCCCGACCAAGUCCCAAAGUCUACUUUCCAGAACACCACAACUCGCCUAGCCAGCUCGAGGAUACGAUAAAUGAUUCACGACUGCGGCACCGUCGUAAGAAAAAUGGUAUAGAAGAGGAGGAUAUCGUUAUUGUGCGGCCUACUGUGCCAGAGGAGGAGUUAGAGAAGCCAGAGUGGGAAGAGCCGGCUGCGUCGGAGAAAGACGAUAUUGCUGGGGCAUUUGUGGGAACUCCGAACGCCGUGGAGGAACCUACACCGAAGGAGAAGAAGAAGUCCGAGGAGAAGCCAAUCAGCAGAGCUGAGAGGAGGCAGAAGAUUAAAGAAGAGAUACGACGGUUAUCAGAAGGCCAGGAGCGAGUAUAUUAUCAACGACGACUAUGGUAG